AAGGAAAAGAUUCAAUAGAAUCAAUGAGAAUCUUGUCACUAGCCCUUAUGGUAGGUCCGACUCAUCUGGAUUCUGCCUUGAAUCUUCAAAGCGCGUUCCAAAUCGCAGGUGUUGAUCAUCGUGGAAACUUCACUGGUACUCAAAGCAAAGCAUGACACCACCUCUGAAUAAAAAAACUGAGCAUAUCUAGCAAAGAAAAAAAACAAACCUCUUAAUCAAACGGUAUAUUGAAUAAAACAGAAGGAGAAGAACCAAUCCAAAACAGAGAAAGAUAGGAUUGAUAAGCAAAUCGAUUUAGCUGAAACUACUACACAUCAAAAUUUCUUAUACGAACUGAACAUUGCCAUAUAGAUCGAACACAAAAAUCAAAUCUCAUCCCCUAUGAAAAAUUGUAAUCAGUGAAUAGGAGAUUGAGAGAGUUAUUCUCUCACUAAGAAAAAAAGAGAGCUAUUUGUAAUAUUAUUUUCAUAUAUUGCUUAUUAGUCUCUCUACUGAUUUUAUAUCUUCCUAAUAUUAUUAAUCUUCUUCGAGAUAAUAUCAGUAGAGACAAAGAAGCAAUAUAUGAAAAUAAUACUAUAAAAAAGAGAAGAUUAAAAAUGUUACAAAAGAUUCGGUUUGGUACUGUGAGAAGAGAGAGAAUCGGUUUCCCUCCGGCGUACGGCCGGUGCGUGUGCGUCCGUGCCGUCGCCGGAGUUCUUCGUUCUUUUGGUUUUCUGUUCUCCUUUUCGUUGUCUUUCUAGAUCUUCCUUCGCUUGCCUUGUCGGAGCUCUGUGGUGUCUCAACUUUGGAGUGAAGACGCAACGUUUUGGAGGAUCUCGGAGGUGACGGGGAGUUUUUUGCGCGUUCUGGUCGUUUUCCUCCGGGCGAUGGAGGCUUCCUUAGCUCCAUCGACGUCGAUUCUUCGUGGGGGGUGGAGGCUUUCUUUAGCUUCACCGACGUCACUCUUGGUUCCGGGAAGGGGAGGCUCCUUUAGAUCUCUUCGCCGGCUUUUGGAUUACGGUGAGAGGAGGCUCACACAGCUCCUUGAUGCCGCCUUGGAACCCUUGGUUUUGGGUGAGGUAACUAGUUUCGAGUUUGUUAGCGGUGGUCUUGGGUUACGAUGAUGUGAGUGCUGUUUACGGUUCGACUGUCCUGCGUGUCCGGUGGUCCAAAGUCGGAGGCGCUCUCGGUAAUCCGAUGAACCCUCUGGCGUGAAGACAGUUCGACGUUGAUACACGGUUUUUGGAUGUGCGGAGGCUCUGCAAGUUAGGAGCUCCGGUUUCAAAUGGUGGCGGGGUUGAUCUUCGGCGAUGGCAUCGUUCAAGUCGAGAUAGGUUCCACGUGGUGUGCGGAAGGCUAAGAUGAAGACACGUGGUUAAACCUAUUUCCUUGCGGCGCGUUUUUAGGGCGAACUGCCCGUGUCGAGUAGUGUGGGCCGUUUGGGCCGUUAUGUAUUUUUUUGGGCUUCGGCUCUUUGUGUGUUUGCUUUCUGUGGCCCGUUGUUUCUUUGGGAUUUUGGUUUGUACUCGUUUUGUUUGGGCUUCGGCCUGGGCUUUGCCCUAAUAAAUAACAAUUUGAGAAAAAAAAAAUGUUACAAAAGAUUAAUAAUAUUAGGAAGAGACGAAAUCAGUAAAGAUAAAAAAAAUCAAUUAAUAAUUAUUUUAAAAAAGGGCAAAGAAGAUUAAAAAGUCAGAAGAUUAACAAUACUAGAAAGAAAUGAAACCAGUAGAGAUAAAGAAGCAAUAAAUCGAAAUGAUAUCAAAGAGAGAAAUAAAAAAAAAAGUCAAGAAGAAAAUCAAAAGUUUCUGUAUAAAAUAAAGAUUAUUAGGCUAAAAAUAUAUAACCCAUACCAUAAUAGAUUGUGUGGUCUCUAAUAACAAGAUAUGGUUUUGUUUAAUUUGUCAAAAAAAAGAUAUGGUUUUGUUUAAGAUAAUAGAAGUAUAAAUAUAAUGUUAACAUAUGGACAGCAGAAAGGAUAUACUACUCACAAAGCUUUUCCACCACAAAAAUCAAAAUUCAGAUUUCAACAAAGUUCUGAGAUUUGGGUUUGUUAUUGUUAAAGAUAUAUUACAGUGAUGAAUUUAGGGAGUAAUAACAACAAUGAACGCAAACAAUUCGCUUUUGACCUCAACGUCAAACCUGUUGAGGAUGACAAUUCCGAUUUUCCCGAAAACUCAGAUUUGUGUACGAUUUGUCUCGAGCCGUUGGUCAACACACGGGACGAUCGUCGAACAUUUGUUACGCUAAGAUGUGGCCAUAAGUUUCAUCUCGAUUGUAUUGGUUCAGCCUUUAACGCAAAGGGCUUUAUGCAAUGCCCAAACUGUAUGCAAAUAGAACCAGGUCAAUGGCGAUAUGCAACCAACCCUCCAAUCCCAACUAUUAGUGAGGGUGACUGGCUUAGCGAAGAAGAAGAUGAUGAUGCAAACAGUGAUAGGGCUACACAAUCUUCUCUUGCUGCUUCUCUCGGUCCAUAUUUCAAUAGCCAGAGGAUCACCGCCAUAGGGGAAGUCCAACAGAGGGCUCCACCAUCUCGUCAAUUGACUUUCUCGAGGGUUUUAGAUCCUGGGGUGAUGGCAGGGAGACACUAUCUUUCACAUCCAUCUUUCCACCACAAUCCCUCAGUACGCAAUGCCCCACUGUUUCCGCCUUAUCCAAACACCGGCACACUGCAAGUUAACGGGAUUCCAGCAGCUAUGUUUUCGUCUGGUAGGGAACAAGUGGCUGGAGGGAUCUCACAUUCUUGGACUAGUUUUAUGUAUGAGACGCAGAUUGGUUUUCCGAGCAGUAGCCGUGGAGGCGGAACAAGUGUUAAUGACGGUGACGGCAUUGGAGUAAGCAGCAGUAAUGGUGGAAGAGGUGGAGGUGGAAAUGGCGACUGUAAUGGAAUAAGUGGUGGUAACAACUUAAGCGGCAGCAGACCUUCUUAAGCAAUUCUGUUUAGUUCAUUACAUUCUCAUGAAUCUUUGAUAAAAGAAAGUGAACUUGGUCUUUUCUUAAUGAUUUCAGAAAACUUGAGACUAUUUUCAGUUUAUUAUAUUUCGGUUUUUUUUUGUCAACAAAGUUUUUUUAUAGAUAGCCAACAUUGAAUAAAAUUUCAAUACAUAUGAUAACCAAGCUAAACGAGCUAGGAAACCGCUGCUACAAAAGCCGCGGGAAAUACAAAUAUAACCGAUAGAAGCAAACAUUAUACAUAGACAAUAAGAGACGUGGAGAAGUCUUCUAAACUCAAAGCUAAUAUUGGUGAAAGUGAAAUGAUGCCGUAGAAAUUAGAGAGUAUAGAAGCUCUCGUCCAAGAUGUUGAGAGAUAUUUUCUCAACCUCCACAUGUGACAUUUCUGAUUCCCUUUUACUUGGAUUUUGCAAAUUCAUGUGGUACAUCACAUAUCAGUUUUGCAGCCUGUCAAAUCUAAAUAAGAUAACCAGUCAGCUCAGUUUGGUUUGUCCUUUUGAAGUUAAAACCACAAUCUAUUGUUCCUUGUAUAUAUCUCAGAACCCUCUUUGAUUCCUACAGGAUGUCUUCCUUGGUUGUAAUAAUCUCCUAGAUAUGUAGGAAGCAGUAAUACCAAGAUCCGGUCUAGCUGCUGCCAGAUAUAAAAGUCAUCCUACUAUACUACAAUAUAGCUUGGGAUUUGUAAGUUCUGCACCUUCCUCAUAAUCUUUUCCAUAAGAUGUAAGAGGUGUAUUAAUGCUCUUGCAAUUCUUGAUUCAAAAUUUGUUCAACAACUGCUGAGCAUACUUCUUUUUACUUAUAAAUACUUUUUCUGGUGUGCAAAUGAUUUCAAAACCAAGAAAUUACAUUAGUUUUUCCAAGUAAGUCAUCUCAAAAGCCUUUUAAAUGUAUGCAUGAGUUGUUCAAUCAUGCUUUCGUUUCUUUCGGUUAUAAUAAGAUCAUCGACAUAUGUAUAGACUAAUUACCAUGAUUUCUCCUCCGUGUUCUUGAAUUCGUUGCUACAUCACAAUCACAUAUCCAGUAUCCUUCUGAUAUGAAUAAUGCAUUGAUUUUUCUAUACCAAGCUUAUUGUUCUUGCUUUAAUUCAUUUUAAGCCUUUUUCAAUUUAAAGCAUGUUUUUGACCCCUCUAGCUCAUAGCCUACUGGUUGUUCUACUUCUACAUAUAACGUACGUAAUUUCUUUAUUCAAAAUGUGGAAUUAACAUCCACUUGAUGCAUAUUCCAUGUGUUUUGUGCAAUAAGGACUAUCAAUGUUCUGAUCAUAUAAUGCUUGGGAUAUUCAGGAAAGACCUUCAAUUCCAAGUUACUUAUUCUGCAAUAUUCAUAUCUCCCGUAUAUAGCAAGUGUUGUAAUUACCUAGACCUAGAACGCUCCUCUGUAAUUACCUAGACCUAGAAGGCUCUUCUGGAACAAAGGUUUCUACAUAUCACAUUCCAUAUGUCUGAUUAACACACUGAACCACUCAUAUUACUUUUAGUUUCUGAAUAAGCCCAAUCUCAUCAGUUUUCACGAUGUAGAUCCACUUGACUGUGAGCAUUUUCUUGUCUGCAGGUGUUUCUGUGAUUUCUCAGAUAUUGUUCUUGUUGAUCACAAUAAUCUCAGCAUCCAUCACUUUCCUCCAAUCUCAUGUUUCACAGCUUCAUCAGUGAUUCCAGGUUCCUCGCAUGUAAAGUAACAUGCUUCGUGAGCUUAUCUUCCUCAUUACCUUGUUUUUCCUCUUCUUGAUAUAUAUUAUUUGACAUUCUCAUUUUAUACACCUUGCUUGAUGAACAACUACUUCCUGAUCCAUAUCCACUUAGUUGAAAUGGUAUAGGAAUCUUCUAUUCCUUGUAUAUACUCUAGUUGUUGGCCAUAGAAUAUCUUCUUGAGUUUCAGUACCUUUAUUUUGAGAUGUUAUGCUACUGUUUGUUGAAAUUUCAAGCUGCUCCUUUCUUUCUUCACUUGUUUUCCGAUUCCAACCUGUCGUCAAGGACACUUUUUUUUUGUGCAACCGUCAAGGACACAUAUACUUCUAUCUUAAGGGGUUGAAGACUUUUUCUUAAAUUAUGUCAAUUUAACCAAUUUUAGUAAAUCAGAUGAAUCUUGUUGUUGGAUCGGGUUCUGACCUUGGUUAUUUCUUCUCUGGACUCACAAGAGGCUCUUCUUGAUGGGCCAAGUGGUUUCAUGAGAAAAGUUCUCCUGGUUGUUAAGUUACACUCAUUCUACUGAACUUCUAUCACUGGUAGCUCCUAUAUACAGUGCUGAAGAGUUUUAGGGGCCUAAGGCAAGUUUUAAAAAUAAAUUUAUUUACAAUCGUAAUGAAAAUAAUUUUUUAAUAUGAUAUAUUAUUUUCACCAAAUACACAAGUCUAAUACUGUAAAAAAAUAAGUUUAUAACGUAAAAUAUGUUAUAUUAUGUCAUAUAGAAAAAAAUACAUGAAUUCAAAAAGUGAGUUAAUUAAUUUUCGUAGAAAUGUUUUUUUUAAUAAGUCUAAACCACUAUACUAAAAAUUAUUUUAAAUUUUGGGGCCCUAAAAACAGUCAUAUUAAUCGGGGGCCUGAGACGAAUGCCUUUUUUAAUACACUGUAGGCACGCCUCUGCCUAUAUAUCCAGUGUUGCAGUUUGGUGGGGAUCUUGUAGAGCCAUAAUUCUAAUGUCCGUAUCAACAUAUCAUUCUCCUCGACUCCUUACUAUCGGAGAGGGUUCCAGGAGACAUUUCUAGAGGAAAGAGAUGAUGUCAUUCUGGGAAAUAGUAGAGUUGAUAACCGCUUGUAUUUGCUGGAAAUAAGCCGCAAAAGAAAGGUUCUUCAGUGUCCAUGAAUUGAACAUAGCCAAGAUCUUAUCGAGUAGUUGCUGAAUAUCUGUUUUUAUCUUCUUCUUCUUUUUUUUUGAAUUAUAUAGAGUUGUCCUGGCCCCACCGAAGUGAGUCUAGACUAGCCAUGUUAUCGUCUCAUGUGUCGGUCUUUCGUCCCUGACGAUACCGAAAUUUUAAUUUUCUAGUGACCGAAACUCGAAUCUAGAUGGCUUCACCGUAUUCGGCUUCGCUCUCAAGCUAAUCACCACUGGACCACAAGCCUCGGUUAUCUGUUUUUAUCUUGAACAUCAAGUGACAUCACUUGAACAUAGCCAAGAUCUUAUCGAGACCUAAUCAGUAUGUCAAGUCUUUUAUCUUUUUUGGAACUACUUGAUGGAAAUCUGUUUCGUAGCAAACUGGGGUACAAAUCUGACUUGUAUCAAAUUUACAUCACUUAAUAAUGAAUUUUGAUUAUUAUUACAAAAAUAACUCACCUUUAUCAUACAUGCACCACCCAAAUCGUGUUUUGGUGAACUUGAUUCUGUUAUUUCUUAAUAAUUUGCAAGAGAUUCUCUUGAAAUCCAACUCUAAAGUUUACUAAAUCUUGACUCGUACGGCCCGCACAAUCGUGCGGAUGAUUAUUUUCAUUUUUAUACAUAUAAAUAUUUGAUUUACAUUAUUAGUGGUAUAUAAUUUUAAUGUUUAUCAUAUUACUAAUAGUUUAAUAUAAUAUUUUCAAACACAACAAGUUUAUAGUUUACAUGCAGUAAUUUAAUUCAUUGUUUCAAAUUAUUAGUGAUAUAUCUCUUAGUAAAACAUGAACAUUAACUAAAACCUUAUAUUAUGUGAUAUUUACGAAAUUUUUUGUUCAAUUUAACAUAACUUAGAUAUUAAUUUCCCUUGGGUUAAGAAAAUAUUAAUUUCCUGAUGAUUAUACUUGUAUUUUAGAUUUAGGUCAUACAUAUAUGUUAAUUGAAUUAUUUGUAUGAAUUAAAUCUUUGACUGAAUAACCUAUAUUAAGUCUAAUUUAUUAAGCGUUCGCUUCAUUUAAAUUAUUAAAUUGGAAAUUGUAAUGCAUUGUGUUUGUUUUUGUCCUUUUAAACUUGAUUUUUUUCUUUAUUAUCUAUAUUUAGGUUUCUUACGUUGUCAAUUGGUGAUUUAGACUUUUAUCCCCAAAACUCUUGGAUUAUUUACAAGAAUAUUUCAGUGUUAAACUUUUAUUUGCAAUUCUUCAUCUAUCAUACAUCAUGUUAUAUAAUUAACACUUAAAACUACAAUUACAUUUGAUAAUAACUACAUUGAAAACAAAAGUAUUCACAUGAAAUAUAUUUUUCAAUCGUUCAUCUGUUAAUUAUGUUAGUGACAUAAAUUGAUACAAUACCGAUUGCACAUUCAAAACUGCACAAGAUAAAAAAAAAACAAAAACAAUUACAUUAAUGAAUAAUAUAUGAAUAUGGACUAUAUAAAAAUAAGCUUGAUUAUAUUUUUGUAAACAAACAGCCAUAUACUUCUAUUAUUGAAAAAUAAAACUAAACUGACAACUAUAUUUAAUAACAGAAGCUGAAUGCACUUUCAAAAUACAUUUGUAGACCGAUCAUUCAUAUUGAUAGCAUAUUUUCAAUAGUUUGGUACAAAAUUCUAAAUUAACAAAUCCUAACUGUUUGAUAUGAAAGAUUUAAUUGGAAUAUAUUAUGUUACAUUAAUAUCAUAAAUUUAAUACAAAAUUGUACAUGAGUGUAAUAUAAUUACAAAUUAAUUAAUUAGCUACUUCAAAGGUUUAUUUUAGUAAAAAUGAAACAGACAUUCAUAUUUUAAUAAUUACGAAAUUAAUUAAAUAUUUAAAAGGUUUGUAUAAGUAAAAAAUGAAAUAUACAUUUAUAUUUUAAAUAAAAACGAAAGUUAUUAAAUAUUUUAAAAUGUUUGUUUUAAUGAAAAAUAAAAUAUACAUUUAUAUUAUAAA